AUGUUCUUUGUUUAUUUUGCUUCAUUUUUAUACUUAUUAGCUGCAUAAGAUGAGAAUGUUGAUGAUGAUGAUGAAUUUUUGAAACCUCCUCCUGAUGAUGAAGGUUCAUUUGCACAUCCUUUACAUAGAACAUAUUUAGAAGAUUCAUAUUGUAUGGAUGGUACUUAAGCAGCUGCUUAUGUUUAUGAAGGUAGUACUGAUGAUUUAAUUAUGUAUUUCUAUUCUGGAGGUAUAUGUAUUUCAGAUAAUACUAAAUUUCUUAAAUAUGGAGAUUAUGCUUAUAUUGAUAAUUGUACUCAUAGAAAUACAACUUUUUAUGGUACUUCUAAUGGAUAUCCAGAAGAAUUUAAUGCAAAUCAAGGGUUGAUGGGAAAUAAUAAAUAUUAAAACUUUCACCUUAGAAAAGCUCAUAAAAUGUUUCUUAUGUAUUGUGAUGGUAAUAUGUGGCAUUCCUAAAUGAAUUCUUAAGUAUUUAAAGGAGCAUUAUCUUAAAUGAAAUUAAUACCUAAAAGAAUCAUUUUAGCAGGAUCUGGUGUUGGAGGAUGGUACAUUAUUAAUAAAUAUAAUGAAUUAAAAUCUGCUAUUCAAGAAUUAUAUUAAGAUAAUGAUAUAGAGUUAAGAAUACUUCUAGAUAGUGUUAUAUUUGAUAUAUCUCGAAAUUAAGAUAUUAUUAAUGCUUAUACUGAAGUUACUAAUAGAAUAGGUAUAUCUAUAAAUGAUAUUUUCUCUUUUGAUGCACUUUUAAAAGUAGAUGUACCUACUUUUAUUGUACAUGCUUAAUAUGAUUGGUGGCAAUUAGAAAUUAAUGAUGGAUUUGAAUGUAUUGGUAAAAUUCAUUUAGAUAAAUGUACUCCAAAAGAAAAAAAAUAAAUUGAAAAGAUCAGAUUAAAUAUUUUAUAACAAUUAAAAGAUUUAAUGAAAAUUAAAUAAGAUUGGGGAUUAUGGGCUAUUAGUUGUGUAUUUAAUGAAUUAAUUAUAUGGACUGAAGCAUGGAAUCAUCCUAAAUUUUAAGUUCCUAUGAUAGAAGGAGGAAAACUCUCAGAUAAAUUCCAAGAGUAUAUUUAUUUAUGUAUAUACACAUAGUUGGUUGGAAAACAAAGGUGAUAAUCAUGUACAUUAUGAUAUUGUUUCAUGGCCUGAUAAUAAACCAUGUAGUAAUAUCUUUCAUAGUGGUAAGACUGAUCCAUAAUUGGAUGAUAUGAUUAAAAAUUAUGAAAUUAAUGAAUCUAGGAGAAAACGAGAAGAAAAAUAUGAUUUAUGAUAAUUUAAUU